AUGCCCAAGUUCGUUCCUCGCCAGCGAAAACAAAAGCACCGGCGCCAAGAGCCUGCUGCGCCGGUCGAUACCAAUGUUGCGGAGCUGGCGCCAGUCUCCAAAGAUGAAAAGGAAGCUCGGAGACAGAAGCUUCGCGAGGAGCUUCGAGAUCAGCACACCAAUGUCUCGUCGAAGAAGCAAAAGCGCUUGGAUAAGUAUAUUGAAACCAAAUUGAAGAAGGAAGAGAACGCCGAACUCUUGAAGAAGCUCGCUCAAGCGAAAACCGAUCAUUCCGGUCUUCAUAGCUUCCGAGAUUUGGGCAAGCGCAAGCGCGAAGGCGAUGAAGUCGCUCCUGAGCCCGCCGUUAAAGUAUCGGACCGAACUUCCUCCGCUCAAGAUCUGUCCGGAGACGAAACAGACGACUCCGAUCGUGGUCUGAAGGUCUCCGAUCCUGCCACUGAUCCCGAUCCUACCCCGAAACCCCAAACAGUUGUUGGAAGUGGAUUGAAACGCCCUCUCGAGCUCGGCCCCGACGGUUUCCCGAUCCUCAAAAAGCGGAAGCGCGCUGCGAAGCCGGCACCGGCACCGGCGCCUGUACAGGAACCUGAUUGGGAUGGAUUCGGAUCAGACGAGGGAAACUCGGAUGAAGAGUGCUCGGACAAGGAUGUGGACAACUCGGAUAGCGAUGCGGAGGAGGAUCCGGAAGGCGAAGAUUCCGAGUCGUCCGAAGGUACUUCUGACGAGGAGGAUUCUGGCGAAGGCUCUGAUGAAGAAGAUUCCGACGAUGAAGGUGAGGAAGCCCCUCACAAAAUCAAGCCAAGAGAAUCCGCUUUUAAAUCCUGGGCCGUCCAACAAAUCAAUGAAGCCGUGGGCUUUAAGCCAGAGGCACCGACGAUCACCGAUUAUGCCCAGCAGCAAGCAUUUGCACCUCCCCGAAAGGAGGCAAAGAACACGGUCUACGAAGAAGAGCCUCUGCCACUAGAGCUUCAAGUCACCCAGGGCGAUCCCUACCGCAAGGCUUUCAGUGUCCCCGUGGAACGCUCAGAAGAAAUCCAAAAUGCCCGUAUGGGCCUUCCGGUUGUUGGUGAGGAGCAGAAGAUCAUGGAGGCCAUUCACAACAACUCUACCAUAGUCAUCUGGGGUGCCACUGGUAGCGGAAAGACUACUCAGUUGCCCCAAUUCCUCUUCGAAUCCGGCUACGGCAACCCGAACAGCCCCAAUCCGGGUUUGAUCGGUGUCACUCAACCCCGUCGAGUGGCGGCCGUGAGUAUGGCGAACCGUGUCUCUCAGGAACUUGGCCAAUACUCCGAUCACGUCUCCUAUCAGAUCCGAUUCGAGACAACUGUCUCCAAGAAGACUGCCAUCAAGUUCAUGACUGAUGGUAUUCUUCUCCGAGAAAUCGCAGAGGACUUUUCUCUUCGCAAGUAUUCCGUCAUCAUCAUUGAUGAGGCUCACGAGCGGAGUGUCAACACUGAUAUUCUGAUUGGUAUGGUCAGCCGUAUUGUGGAUCUGCGCAAAUCAAUGAUGGCCGAAGACCCGACAGUCACACCCCUGAAGAUUGUCAUCAUGUCUGCCACUCUGCGUAUCUCCGACUUCACCCAAAAUUCUAGCCUUUUUCGCCAAGGGCCACCUCCACUGGUCCAGGCUGAGGGCCGCCAGUACCCCGUCACCGUCCACUUUGCCCGUCGCACACACCGUGAUUACGUUGAAGAGGCUUUCCGUAAAGUCUCGCGUGGUCACCGUAAGCUGCCACCUGGUGGAAUGCUUGUGUUCUUAACUGGACAGCAAGAGAUUCGACAGCUGUCAAAGCGGCUGAAGCAGACAUUUAAACCAACACAGCGGGCAGAUGCAACUCAAGCAAAGGUGCAGAUUUCCGCAAACGACGCACCUUUGGAAGCAGAAGACUUGGAGCUCGGUGGUACGGAGAUGGACAAUGCCGGCGUAGACGACGAAAGUGAUGUCGAAAUCACCGGACUCGACGAACCAGAUGAUGAAGACGAAGGUUUCGACCUGGGCGAGGAUGCCAUGGAUGAGUCUACUCGCGUCCACGUCUUGCCUUUAUACUCGCAAUUGCCCACCAAAGAGCAGAUGAAGGUCUUUGAGCCGCCACCAGAGAACUCGCGGUUGAUCAUCCUAGCCACCAACGUCGCCGAAACCUCCCUGACCAUCCCGGGAAUCAAGUACGUCUUCGACUGCGGUCGAUCCAAGGAGAAGCAAUACGACCUCUUCACCGGUGUGCAGAGUUUCCAGAUCGGCUGGAUCAGCAAAGCCAGCGCAAACCAGAGAGCUGGUCGAGCCGGUCGAACAGGACCAGGUCACUGCUACCGCAUGUAUUCGUCGGCCGUCUACGAAAAUGACUUCGACGAAUAUACCGAUCCAGAGAUCCUCCGCACCCCCAUCGAAGGAAUCGUCCUCCAAAUGAAAAGCAUGGGUCUGCACAACGUGAUCAAUUUCCCCUUCCCUACACCUCCCAGCCGCCAGGGUCUCGCCAAAGCAGAAAAGCUGCUCAAGAACCUCGGUGCCCUCUCUGCCAGUGGCCAAGUAACGCAAAUUGGCCGCCGUCUCUCCACAUACCCCCUCUCCCCCCGAUUCGGCAAAAUGCUCUACAUCGGACACCAGCACGGCUGCAUGCCCUAUGUCAUUGCACUCGUCGCAGCCCUCGCCGUCGGCGAUCUCUUCGUCGCGGAGAACCAAGUGAACCCCGUCGACAACGCGCCGUCAAAUAAACAUAAAAGCGACGACAGCUCUAGCGACGAGGACGGGGAUGAUAGAAAAGUCUACACAAACGCGGACCGUCUAGAAGACACGGAGCGCGAAAAGAAAUCCAAAGACUACGCUCGCGUUCAUCGGUUGUUGAGUAAACACGACGAUACAUCCGACGCCUUAAAAUACCUCUCCGCCAUCUGCGCCUACGCAUACGCCUCAGACGGCGAAGCCUUCAGCGAGCAGAUGUUCUUCCGCGCAAAGGCCUUCAAGGAAGCUUCCCAGCUCCGUCGCCAAUUGACCGACAUCGUCCGGUCCAAUACCUCUGGCGUCGUAGGCACCUACGAACCGCGUCUCCCAGAACCCUCCGCGAAGCAAAUCAAGGCCCUGAAACAAAUCGUUACAGCCGGCUUCAUCGAUAACGUCGCUAUCCGCGCUGAUAUGGCCCCCGUUCCACCAGAGAACCCUCGUGCUCCCCGUCGCGCCAUCGACGUGCCCUACCUCACGCUCUUCCGCUCGCGCGAGGGUCCUGCACAAGAUAUCUCCGAACGAGCCGUCUUCGUCCACCCCACCUCUGCCCUGGCGAAACUUACGCCGAAGGAAAUGCCGCAGUAUAUCAUCUACUCGCAUCUGCAGCAGUCGACUACUUCGCUGGUUUCGGAACAAGCGCCGAAGAUUAGAAUGUUCCCGCUUGUCGUUCCGAGUGGGUUGCAGCUUGCGGCGAUUGCGCAUGAUACCCCAUUGUUGGAGUAUGGGAAGCCGAUUGGAAAGACGGAGAUCUUGGAGGGUAUUCCGGUGCGCCGCUCGGCGUGGGUUGUGCCUUCGUUGGUUGGUGAUGCUGGUGGUGCUGGCUGGCCUUUGCCUGCGAAGAAGGUUGUUCAGAAGAAGGAUCCGAGAGAAGGCUGGGUUAUUGAGAAAUUUGUGGCUUAA